CUCUCGCUGCCUGCUGUCACCUCCCUCCGUCCUCAUCUGCAGACAGGCGCACUGCUGUGGGGGAAACAUGUUCAGUCACUUGGCACGGAAUAUUUCGCAACUUGUAGUCUACUGACUCUCAACGGACAGCCCUUCAGCUCAGGUAAACUCACCUGGUUCAGACUUCCAGACUGACCUCUAAAAUGGCCCAGCAGAAUCAAACCUGUCAUUAUAAUGAGUCUAUGAGCUUCUUCUAUAACAACAGUGGUGCCUCAGACACUUGGGACAAAACGCAGCUCAUCCUAGUGAGAGUGGUGGGCUCUAUCUUCUGCUGCUUCAUCCUGGUCUCCAACUCCAUGGUCGUAGCUGCUGUCAUCACCAAUAAGAGGUUCCACUACCCUUUCUACUAUCUUCUAUCCAACCUUGCCGCCUCGGACUUCCUGGCCGGCAUAGCGUACGUGUACCUGAUGUUUAACACAGGGGAGUUGUCAAGGACACUCACAGUUAAGGAGUACUUCAUCCGCCAAGGUCUUCUGGACGUCAGUCUCUCCGCAUCGCUGUCUAACCUGCUGGUGAUAGCUCUGGAGCGCUACAUCUCCGUCAUGAACUGGAAAGUCCACAGCAACCUGACGAAGAGGAGGGUGACCCUGCUGAUCGUACUGGUGUGGGCCAUUUCCAUCUUUAUGGGCGCUGUGCCGAGUCUAGGCUGGAACUGCAUCUGCAACAUCAACGACUGCUCCCGUCUGGCUCCCGUCUUCAGCAGGAGCUACCUGAUCUUCUGGUCUGUGUCUAACCUGGUGGUGUUCCUGGUGAUGGUGGUCAUCUACACCAGGAUUUACACCUACGUCAAGAGGAAGACUGCAAUGCUCACGCCGCACACCAGCGGCUCCAUCAACCGCAAGAGGACUCCCAUCAAGCUCAUCAAGACGGUCAUGGUUGUGUUGGGGGCCUUUGUGAUCUGCUGGACUCCCGGCCUGGUGGUUCUGCUGCUGGACGGACUCAACUGUACGAGUUGUAACGUCAUGAAAACAAAACGCUGGCUGCUAUUGCUGGCUGUACUCAACUCUGUCAUGAACCCUUGCAUCUACUCCUACAAGGACGAGGAAAUGUGGACAACCUUCAAGAACCUCAUGCGCUGCAUUGGCAACGGCACGCGGCGGCAGCGGUCGACGAAGGCCAACGCCAGGGCUCUCAGCUCGGGUCAGGAUACGGGCAACAGUCAGCCUCCAUCGGAGGAGACAAAAACUGACGAACAGGGCAUUCUCAAGACCUGAAAAUGGAGCUUGACAUGAAUUAACCAGGACUUCUGUUUAGUCAAACGACUGGACGCACUGUAUGAAGAUUCAGAUUGGAGUUGACUUGAAACCAUAACAGUUGGCCUCAGACGGCCGGUGUUGUCCUCAGAUAAAAAUGACUUUCUUGAAGUGACACUGCAGGCCCACUGCUCCAGUGUAGAUCUUAAGAGACGGAGAUAAAAAGAGGCUUCCAUGCACUAUGAAUUCCUGAAAUGGAUGCAAAGAUGUGCUUUUCAAUUUUUUUCUUCUGGAUUUUACAGUUUUUGGACAUAUACCUCCAAUUCAUGUGCUUUGGGAGAUUCUUGUAGCUUUGAACUGCUCUGCAAUGGCUGAAGAAAGUAAAAAGUACACAGUGAUACAUUUCUACUUUUACCUUUUUAAAAAGGGUAAACAUGCAAAGGGUAACUUAGCUCUCACAUUUGUAUAUCUGAUGAAUUAAAGUUUCAACCUGUCACCUUUCAAAAAGCUGUAAUAGAGGAUCUAGUUGAGACAUGUUUGUAGACAGGUACUAUACAACUUUAGGGUGGCUUAGGAAGUGCACCAUUUUAUAUUUUAUUACUGAAAACACAGCCUGCGUAUAUAUACUGUAUACUGCCGUACCAUAUGUAUCUACUUGUACAUCUUUUUAAAUACUUUCAACAAGAGGUGCAGUUAUUCCAACUGAACGACAGCCAGCAUGAUUAGCAUGGUCUGAUUAUUUUGUCCUUUGAAAUGUAAAGUCUAGAAAAGCACACCCUGUUUUCUGUUGGAAAGCUGGUUUGGCUGUUGGCAUUAGAUAACAAAGUGACUAUUUUCUUGUGCCAGCCUUCAUUAUCAGUUCACCUUAACAAACAGAUAAACUCUUGCCUAAAGCACAUCAUGAAGGCAAACUUGUUCUCCCCGUAGAAUUUUAACACAUCAGCUUCAACUAACCGCUGCUCACCUGUAGCGCAGGAUUGUAAAAUGAUGUUGCAACACACUGGAUUCCUGCUGGCGUUUAAGCAAUAACCUGCAGGAACCAAACAGGAUAUGACUGAAUGGACCACACUCACACAAACCUCCCUCUCUACAGACUGCGCUGACGCCUCUAUUGCUGACAGGGUUCAAAUGGCUUCUUCAACCUGCUGUACAGGCCUAUGCCCCUCCUGUGGUAGCAUCAUGAUAUAUAUCAUUAAGGAGUGUAGGAAUACAACAUGUGAGUGGUGAUUGGAAAAACAGCUCCAAUGGUGGUGUUUCUUUAUCGGAACAACAUUUUAGAUGGCCGUUCCUUUGCAUACAAAAAUACAAUUUUCUUUUUAAGUAACCUCUUUUUGAGCUCAUAUAAUUUUUUCCAACAUACCAAUGGACAUGACAUGUCAUGAUAUGAUACAUGAUAUGAUACGGAAACAGCAAGCAGCACAGAGGCUGAUGUCACCAAAGGGAUUCAAACUUUAUUAUGUUAAAGGGGUAUCAUUUUCACUAGUAUUUAUGAACCUUUUAAUAUGAACAUCCGUCAAAUUACCGAAAGUGGUUCCAAUUAUAUUUUUUAUAAAAAUGAUUUACAAUCUUAUAGAGAAUGUGAAUGUGGCUGUGUAUUUUCAAAUUCUAGCGCACUCGAGCUGGUUUCUCCAAAAUUACCUACCCCACAUUUAAUUAAUGCAUUUUCUGGCAUUAUCUUCAAUUUUGCCCACGCUAGCAGCAAUUUUAGGCAGCUUGAUUUUGAAAUGCUAAAGCCAAGGUAGCAUUACUUUUUAAACUGUUAACAAUCGGGUAUCUAUCGGGUAUCGGCUGUUGCAGGAUUUAUUAAUUCACAUACAAUUAUAGGAUGGCCAACCCAUCUGCCCUGCCCGACUUGAGCAUUCAUUGCUCAUCACCAGUAUUCCUCAAGCUGCUUACUUAAUAGCUGUGAUGUACUCCUAGUCCUAACAAUAGCCAUGUUAGUUGUUUAUGUUUGUAGUGAAUAUUUAAGAGGCUUUUGAGUAACUUCAACUGAAUGGGACUGGUAUGCUCGGUAUUUGGCCAACAUUGCAACUUCUUUUCUAGAUUCAACGCGUUUUGGAGUUGGUGCUGCUAGCUAUUUUCAUUCACUGAAAAUGCUAACGUUGCCAUCUGAGCAUGUUAGCAUGCUACACUGGCUGCAGCAUAAAUGUUGCUAACACCACCUACCUGGCACCAACGUUAGCAAAACAAAAAUGAGAUUGCUUGUAAAUCCUAUUUGACUGAGGCAGACUGCCUUUUUAACUAUAUUAAAUUCCCCACCGCAAAACUGAAGGCGGUUGUUGCAUCUAGCCACUUAACUGUAAACUACAUUUUAUCUGACACAUAAAAGCUUCAAAAUGCACGAGUGUGGUGCUUACCAACAUAUUUUAUGUUGUGGAACACUAGGUUAAAAUAUCUUAAACCUGUGUUAACCAAAGACCUUAUCUCAGACAUCUAACCAAAAACCCAUUGACUAAAAGACAAGGGAACCGGAAGUGAAAAGAAUGCUGACUCAUUUCUGGGUUAUAGCACUCAUCCCUGCAGCAAUCUAUGGUUGAUGAAGUACCGUUACUUGAGAUUUCUCAAGAGCUGCCACUUAAGGAGGAUUUACUCCAUUCAGGCCAAUUAGUGGUUGGCUUUCGUUUCCAGUCUCUUACAUUAUUGUCGAAAGAACUGGAAAAAAAUGUGAUUGACUCAAAGGAACAAGAUAACUCCUCUCAAUUAGACUGCAAAACACUUGCAGUAAAAAUAACCACUUGCUUAUAUAUUUGUAUCCUAAUAUAGUAAAGCUUUCUAUGAUUGACAGUAAAAUGACACUGUUUGAAUAAUCUGUAAAUGUCAACAUUUAGAACUUUGUGAAAUGCAUUUUAACAUGAAAACAUAGUAAGUUAUAAACUGCAUAUUAUGUGCUUCAAGAUGUAAACCACAUAUUGAUUUCAAAGAGUGAUGUUUAAUAUGACAUGUCAAAUCUCCCCUCACUGUAGUCAUUAUGAAAGUAUAUUGUUCAUAGGCUUUUAAUCGUUUUAACCUCAAACCCACAGCCUUUUUUUCUCUGCUCGUAUACCAGGUUACCUGGUUUAACAAGAUUUCUCAUCGCAUGUUAAAACUCUUUUUAUGCUCAGGAUUAAUCCGUGUAUAGAACAUAUAACAUUUUACAGUAAAGUACUCAGGAUGUCAAAGGUUUCAGGUUGAGCUAUGAUGUGAUUAAGAGUAAGUAAUUUCCAUUCAAAACAAUGCUGUAUUAUAGAGAGUACUGUAUUUCCUCUGGAGACCUGAUGUGACUGCUUCGUGCUUCUCUGGUUCUGCAUUCCCAAAAAACAUGAACUCUAAACUUGUGUGGUGUGGCAGGCCUUUUUUUCUUCUUCUUUUUUUUUUUACAGCUGUGCUGUAAUUAUGCAUUCUUGAAGAGCCAAUUAAAUUUCACAGAUGUUCAGAAA